AUGGCUCAACCUCCGGAUAUUUCGCAGAUUCUGGCGAGACUGGCUCAACAACAGUCCAGCGGUGGGCCUCCACAGUCGUCGACACCGCAACAGCAUAUUCCUCACCCACUCCCCGGAUAUGCCCCAGGUGGGAUGCCUGGCGCGCCGCCCGGUGUGCUACCGCCAAUGCCUUCAUAUCUACCCCAACCAUCAAGCACUGGAAGUGUCGACUUGAGCGCCAUCAAACCUGUGAGCAGUGGUUCUAUGAACAUCGCAGAUGCUAUAGCAAAGGCACGGAACAUCGCUGCAGACCACGGCAUCUCUCACUCAGUACUGAUCCAUUAUUUAGCGUCGAAUCGCAACGACCCACGAUCCGGUGGCCGCCGAUCGCGAUCACGCUCUCCACGGCGCAACUCCCAAAAUGCUAAUCCUUAUCGUGAUGAGAGAAGAGAAGAGCCGCGCCGAGGCGCUUUCCGCCGAACACCGUCGCCUGAUAGAUCUGGUUUCAGGGGAAGCCGCGACCCUCCGAUCGGAUUUCGCGCAAACGAUGGUGACACGGAAACUAUUCGCGUCAAAUCUGCACUUGUGGGCCUGAUCAUCGGACGUAACGGAGAGAACCUGAGAAAGGUCGAGUCUGAGACUGGAGCGCGAGUACAAUUCAUCCAAGCCAAGGAUUCACAUGUGACCGAGCGCCAGUGCACUAUCAGUGGACCUCUGCGCGCAAGGGAAAGUGCAAAGGAAGCAAUCUUCCGGGUGAUCGACGAGAACGGUGGGUCCUCCUCACAAGAAAAAGGAGCAUACACAGCAGGCAUGCCGGGACGAGCCAAGGUCAAUUUGCCUGCCCUCCGAGAGGGUGAGGCUAGCACUCAGGUCAUGGUCCCGGACAAGACGGUCGGCUUGAUCAUUGGUCGAGGGGGCGAGACGAUCAAGGACCUUCAAGAACGUAGCGGUUGCCACGUCAAUAUCGUGGGCGAGAACAAGAGCGUCAAUGGGCUUCGUCCUGUCAAUCUUAUCGGCAGCGAGCAGGCUACAGCGAUUGCCAAGGAGCUCAUCUUGGAGAUUGUCGAGAGCGACAACAAAGGAGGCGCGCCUGCUAGUGCAGGAGCUGCCUCGCGGGACCGACCUUUCGACACCAGCAACCAGAACCGCAGCGUGAGCAGCGGCGGCGGAGGACGCGACCAUGUCGAAAAAACCAUCCAAGUCCCAUCGGAAGCUGUCGGUAUGAUUAUCGGUAAAGGCGGCGAGACCAUCAAAGAGAUGCAGCGCGCGUCGUCGUGCAAGAUUAACGUGAAUCAACCCAAGCCACCGGACAUCACCCGCAACAUCGACCUUUCUGGCACGGUACGAGCAAUGGAAGAUGCAGAGCGGAUGAUUUGGGAAAAGGUCGAGACUGUCCGACAACGCGACGCUGCGGCUGGUCGCCCGCAUGGACGUGACCAGGGUGCCAGCCAAUACGACGCAUACUCACAGCCCCAACAGCCCUCCGCCGGAUAUGGACAGUAUUAUGGUGCCUCUAGUGCCGGCCAGGCAGCACCCCAGUCCUCGGCAUACCAGAUGCCUGGGCAACAGGCUGGACCCACGGGACAACAAUCUUCGAGUGACCAAAAUGCCUCUGAACAAUAUGCGCAAUGGUAUGCGCAAUGGUACGCAUCCCAGCUGGCCAACCUCCAAGGCCAGCCUGGUGCGAAUGCUGGAGCGCACCUCCAUCUACUGGGAAAGUGCACCCUCACUGGAGAGUCCAGCGCCAUGGUUUGUUGGUCGGAAAGGCGCAGUCGGUUUUCCUUUGCCCUCUUGUGCAUGAGCGUUCCAGCGCUUCUCACGGGUCAGAAGAUCGAGCUGAACGACGGCCGCUUUGGUAUCAUACGGUUCAUAGGCUCAACGACAUUUCAAACUGGCGAGUGGAUCGGCGUCGAGCUUGAAGAGGCGAGCGGUAAGAAUGAUGGCUCCGUCCAGGGGCAGCGGUACUUUCGCUGCGAACCCAACCAUGGAAUCUUCUGCAGGGCCUCGGGCAUCAAUCGCGUGUUGGAAGAACCCAGACCGAAGCCGAAGACUGUGAACACUGCUGCGGCCGCCGUCAGAGCUCGUCCGAGCAGCGUAUACGCGCCGACAAAUGGCACAAGGAGACAAACGCUGCAAGGCGAGGGGCCCGGGAGAAGGUCUAGUGCAAUCAUUGGCACCCCGACACCAGCGGGCAGACUCGCAAGUGGCAUACGGUCUCCGACCAAGUCUCCCACGAAACAGCUAGGAUCCAAUGGACCAGCCAGUACAUCUACGUCGAGGACGAAUACCCCACCAGUCGCAGGCAGGCGGCCUGGAGCUGCCAUCCUGGGCAGGGGCAGCAGCGGUGUAGGCCCAACCUCGACUGCAGCUAAGAGGUCGUCCAUUGUGCCAUCUACUCUGUCACACAAACCGCCCAGACCUUCGUUAGCCAAUCCUGCAGUGGCAGCAAGAGCAGCGCCAUCCCGACCUUCUCGCGUCCGCUCCGGAACGCUGCACACGGAGUCUCGUCCGAGCGAUGCAGACCAAUCUCAUUCAGCUGCCGAAGACUCCAGCACAAACGAGGGAAGCGAACAAAAUGGCACGCUUUCCCCGCGCAACAUCGCAGACCCCUAUGUCAACCAUCGCCGCAUGCAGAGCGUGGAGGAAAGCAAUCGCCCCAACUUUGCGCCACCACCCAUUCCUCCAGAGCCUCCAGAGACCAGUGAUCGGUCAGUCAGAUCCCGCCGACCAUCCUCGCCGACAGCUGCUUCUAUACAUUCUCAGCGCACCAUCAGAAGUUCUGCUGCGUCGAAUCGUCUGAUCGAAGAUCUCGAGACCAAAGUCCGAUUGCUUGAGCGAAAGCGUCUAGAGGAUCGCGAGCUCAAGCAGGAGCUGGAGAAAGCACAACAGGAACGCGACCAUUGCAAGGGUAUAAUCGAGAAGCUUCAGAGCAAAUAUAGGCCACAGCAACAGGAGCUCGAGAAGCUCAAAAGGGAGCAUGCGGUGCUGGAGCAGACUGCGAAGGAUAUUGAGGAACUUCGUGCCGAUCAUGAACAAGAGAUGGAGUCAGCCCUCCUAGAUCGAGAGGUUGCAGAGGAAACAGCAGAGUGCCUCAAAGCGGACUUGGAAAUCCUCCGUGGCAAGAAUGAAGAGAUGCAGGAAGAGCUCGAGGUUUUGCGGGAGGAAAGUGAAGAGAUGAAUCGAGAUAUGAGCCCCGAGGAGCGGGCAAGCACCGGUUGGAUUCAGCUGCAGAACAACAAUGAGCGGCUCAAAGAAGCACUACUUAGCUUGCGCGACUUGACGAGAGAGAAUGAGGCUGAAUUAAAGGAGCAAAUCGGUAGUUUGGAAGAUCAGGUAAAGGAGUUCGAUGCGCUGAAGAGAGAAAUCGAGGAAUCCAAGGAGAAGCUCUUGAAAAGCGAAGCUGACACAAUCGACCUGCGACAACAACUCGAAGUAGCCAUGAAUGCCGAAGAGAUGAUUGAACAACUCACCGAGGACAACAUGAACCUGCGUGACCGAGUCAAUGAAUUCAAAGGCGCUAUCGAGGACCUCGAGAGUCUGAGAGAGUUGAAUGACGAGUUGGAGCUCAAUCAUAUAGAGGCUGAAAAGCAGCUGCAAGAGGAGAUUGACUUCAAAGACAGUCUGCUUCUCGAUCGCGAGCGAACCGCUAAGGAACAACAGGCCGCUCUUGACGAAGCAGACUACAAUAUUGGUCGUUUCCGAGACCUCGUCAGGCAGCUGACAAGCGAUUUGCAAGACCUCGAGGCGAGCAAGCAGAUCUCUGAGUCCGAGGCUGCAGAACUGUCCAACAAGUCGAAGGCGAUGGUUGAUCUCAACCAGAGGCUGCAAUCCAGCGCUGCGAAGACGCAAGUUAAGACCAUCGAUUUGGAGCUUCGUAAACUUGACGCCAUGGAGGCCUCGGAACAUCUCUCAAUCGUUCAGCUCUUCCUUCCGGAAUCCUUCCAGGACGAGCGAGACAGCGUCUUGGCGUUCUUGCGGUUCAAGCGAGUUCAGUUCAAAGCGACACUGGUGCAUGAUUUCAUCAAAGAGCGAAUUGCAUCAUUUGGAGCUCGGGGAGACGACGAGGAUAUCUUUGCCGCCUGUGAUGCCAUGGAUCAGCUUGUCUGGAUCGCCGCAAUGUCCGAGCGAUUCGUCAACUCGGUCAGCAGCUGCAGCAUUGAUGAAUUUUCUCAAUUCGGCAGUGCACUUUAUGAAUUGGAAGUGGUGGAGCGGACGCUCAACGAUUACAUAGAUGGCUUGCGCCGCGACGAUCUGCGAGAAGCCGAUAUGACCGUGCGUCUCAGACGCUCCAUUGAAGUGUUGACACAUCUGGCCUCGCUGCAUAUUCGCGACAGUUUAGCGGACCACACCGAUCACUUGUAUAUGCGGACACUUUGCUUGCAAAGUCAUCUGGAGACCUCCAUUUCUGCGCUGAUGCUCACGCACAUGCUUAUGGAAAAGCAUAUGCCCACAAAAGGCGACUACACGGAGGAUUCGGAGCAGGAUGAGGACUUUUCUGACGCGAAUUUGAUAAUGCAGCGACUCAAGUCCGUGAUCGAGCUCGCACGGAGCGCAAAGGUAAUUUCUGGAAAGACGCAUCGCGCGCUGUUCGAUCUUCAAACACGGUCGUUAACUCUCGAACAAUCACUUGCGGAACCGUUUGAGAACGUGGAGAAGGUUGCUGCGGAGAUUUCGAAUUACACGCGGCAGAGUGGAGCAUCUCUGCACAGCAUCUUGCACCACGAAGAGCACUCCGAUGUCCUAUCUCCGUUGGAGGUCGCUGGUGUCCUUUCACGCACAGCCUCAAGUGUUUUCUCUCUUUCGGUGUCGGAAGCUGGACCAUACGUGACACUUGCAGGACGGCUUCGUGAUAUUGGCUCACUUCUCUCCGAAGUCUCCUUGCUCCCCACUGAUCUCGACAACACAAUAGAAUUCGAACGGUCCUCGGCACCGUGGAUUGCCCGUGCUGAACAGCUAAGUCAAACCAAGAUUGUGUCCAUCGACACAGCGGCCGAGCUGGCUCGUGUCCGUGAGUCUGUACGAGAGCGUGAUACAAUGCUCAAGGGCAAAGAAGCCGAGCUCGAGGAGCAAAGCGUCCGAAUUGAGAUGCUUGAAGCACGCAUGAAAGAUGCAAGCAAGCGAUCGGCAAGAAUCGCCGAACUCGAACGCGCCCUCCAUGAAGCUAACGAAGCCGAGAAAGUCGCCAAGAACGACCUACUUCAAGCACGCCAUGAAGCUCAGCGCGACGUGGAUAUGGCUCGCAGCGAGAUGACUCGAAUUGUGGAAGAGCACGGUCAGCUGGGUCACGCCGAAGAGCUUGACGGAAACGCCGUCGGCGCCAAUGCGCGACACGUCAUGAAGCGUCAAGAGCACAAGAUCCUAGGUCUUGAGGGCGCUAUCCGUUUCCUCAAAGAAGAAAAUUUCCGACUCCGCCUCCCGUCUCCAGAUGCCCCUGUGUCAGUCGCGACCUCUAUGGACUGGUUGCAUGCGCCCCUGCAAACGCCCACUCACCCUCGUCAGAAGCAAUUUCAAACCUUGCAGCGCAAGGGCGCAAAUGUGCUCGAGCAGAUGCUUGAGCUCGCCUCACGACCUCAUGUGGUGGACCUGACCGCUUUGCCUGAGAACAAAUUAGCCUGGCGGCCCGCAAAGGAAAGCAGCCGAUGGAGGGUCGAGCGGAGGAACGAGGAAUGGCUUGAUUGGAAACAAUGGCGAGAAGAUCUCGUUCGGCAGGCUCAAUCUUCAAGACCAGGCUAUGCUGCCAUGCAACCAAGGGCCGGUAUUGCUGUACCUGUCUAG